UCCCUCUGCCUUCCCGCAGGGGUGUGAACGUAAAGCCGAGCGGUUCGGUUGCUUCACGACCCUCGGCGCCCCGGGAAUUUAGGCGGUGCGGGCCCUGCAGGUGCCCCUGCCGCCCUCCCCGGGUGGCCCGGAGUUAGUUCUCGUGGGGCUGCCGGCGGCCCCUCUGGGUCCUCCCCUCAGGAGCCGAGUCCUGCCGUAAGGCUGCAGCCCCAGCUGCCUUGUACUUCCCGCUGUCGCUGCUCGCUUUUCAGAAGUCCUGUGUCAAGAAAUUGUGACAACAAUGUGUUAAAAACAUAACCCCCCAAAAAGCCUGCGUGGAAACAAAAGCCCCAGCGAGUGAUUUUUUCAUGGCUUACUCGGUUUUUGUGCACAGUUUACCUCUGCACUUCCUCCCUUGAGCUACAGGAAUUAUUACUUUUAUUUCAGUUAGGAGGAGGAGCAGGAUGGACGUGCUGCGGCCCCCCCUGAUAAGGAUUGGGGGGCGAGUGUACCGGAAAAGUCUCGUCCAAGAGCAGGCCUUCCCACACGAGGAGGAGGAGGACUUCUGUGCAGGCCCCGGUGACUGUGCGGAUGAACCCUGCGGUGCCUUUGUGGUGGAGGAGACUGAGCGAGGCUUCCAGUGCCGGGUGGAGGUUCCCAGCCCCUUAUACAAGUACAUCAUUGGGAAGAAAGGGGAAACCAAGAAGAGGCUAGAAGCAGAGACUCGAACCUCCAUCAGCAUUCCCAAGCCUGGAGUGGAAGGAGAAAUUGUGAUCACUGGGCAGCACCGGAGUGGGGUCACCUCUGCCCGAACACGGAUCGAUGUGCUUCUGGACAGCUUCCGUAAGAAGCAGCCCUUCACACACUUCCUGUCCUUCGCUCUUAACCAGCCCGCCGUCCAGCAGAGGUUCCUGCAGUUCAAGGAGGAGGUGCUGGAGAAGUGCUCAAAGGAUCACGGGGUCAGCAGCAGCCUGUUCCAGAACCCUGCGAAGCUUCACCUGACUCUUGGGACGCUGGUGCUCCUGAACGAACAAGAGAUCCAGAAAGCGUGUGACCUCCUGCAGCGAUGCAAAGAGGACUUUGUGGAGGAUUUCUUGGGUUUUAGCCAAGUUACUGGAGGCCAGCCCCUGACCGUGGAGGUGGCAGGAGUGGAGUACAUGAACGAUGACCCUGCCAUGACAGACGUCCUUUACGCCAAAGUCCGAAUGAAGGAUGGCUCAGACAGAUUGCAGAUGGUCGCUGAUCAGCUGGUGGAGCGGUUUGUGGCCUCUGGCUUGAUGCGUAAAGAAUGGGAUAGGGUGAAGCUGCAUGCCACAGUCAUGAACACUCUCUUCAGGAAAGAUCCAACUGAAGAACAAAACAGCACAAUGACUGGUAAAUCAUCUUUCAAGGAGCGGGAGUCAUUUAAUGGCCAAAAUAUCCUCAAGCCUUUUCAGGGAAAGCUGGGCCCUUGGCAGCCGCAGGAAAGGACAGGAAGGGGAGUCAGCCAUUCUUCAGGUUAUCAGCAGUUCCUUCUGAAGGGCAACAACCUCCAGGUCUUCGAGAACUUCCACUUCGGGGAGGUGCAGCUGGACUCGGUGCGUCUCUCCCAGAGGUUCUCCUCGGACGCCUCUGGCUACUACGCGACAUCUGGGCAGCUGUGCUUCUCCUGAGGUGGCUGUAGCGGGUCUGCUCUGUGCAUGAUCCCGCAAUGAAGUGUUUUGUAGGACAUGAAUCUUGGAUGGGAACCUGGAAACUCCAAAUAGGGAUGCCUCAUGACUCCUCCAAAGCAUGGGAGCCAUGGCAUUUCCCUGCAGCUUUUCCCACAUGUAUUGCCUGCCUUCUCCUUGGGAGGGCAACCCCCAACCUGGGGGUUGCCAGGGUCCUUCCUCCUCCUUUCCCCAAAAUGUCAUGAAGUUGCCUGUGAUGUCUGUGGAUUGCUGGUUUUCCAAGAAAACAACUAGAACUGGGGCUUUUGGGGCAUCGCCAAUGUUUAAAUGUGGCUUUUUGUCAGAAGAAGGAAGUUUGUUCUUAAAAUAAGUAUUUAAAAUCCAGGAGAGCUUUCCCGGAGCACGAUUUAACGAUAUUGAGGUCAGGCAUUGCUUGGAUCUCCAGCAGCGUGCCUGUGUGAUGUAGAUCUCCAAAUAAAUUAAUUCCCUUCAAAAGCAAAGUGUUUAUCUCCUGUUGCAUUGAUAGUUUCUGUAAUUAAACUUCCAGCACAGCACAUAACUAUGAUAAUAAGAAAGCAUGGAUGGUUAGAGCUCUUUCCAGUGACCGUUUCGGAGCAUGUCAAAAAACAUAUGCCUUGUAGGUGGUUUCUCCAUUAAAAGCAGCACCAAGCUCUUUGA